GUGUUUUGAGCUAUUGAUCCACGCUGUGAUGUGCCGGUGUCAGUAGCCCAGUCAGUCCCAGCGCAAGUAUCAAUCAUACUCGUUUCAUCCGUCUGUUUGUCUGUAGCCGGUCCAGUGUUUACGGUGAGACCGCUAUUAAAUUGUCUAGAACGAUUCGCGUUUUUUCUCAUACUCCGCGGAUUUCAAUUUCCGACUAAGCGUUCGUGGCAGUUUUCAGCACUGCAGUUGUACAAACAGUUUUUUUUUACAAUUAACCAAGGUCAUUAAAAUAAAAACUGGUGGGUAAAACUUCAACUCGUUUUCCAGUGAGCUGAUUACUGUUUGUCACGUUGAGCAGCCUAGUGAUUUAUUUUUUUUUGGAAAAUCGCUUCUAUUUUUGCCACGAGUAUGGAUGUGGAGGAAUGUACUCAGAAGUGAUAAGGUCAGAUAGUGAUGAUAAGGUUUGAGACAACCACGAGUCUAGUGUAAUUAGUGGUUGAUUUGAUUCGAUGUGUUAUGGUUUGUUAAAUUGAUAGCAACAACCUUGUGUGGCAAUAACCCGAUGCCGAUCUGGACAAGUUCGGAUCGGCCGUAAUCAACCGUCCCGCUUAAAUGGUGCAUGACGUCCAGAGGUCACUAGAAGGAAACACUCCUUGCCAUAAUGUCCUCAAAGCCAGCAACGCCGCUCGAACUGCGGCGUGCCUUUCCGGGCGAAAGCGAAAGCACUCGGAUUCCGGUGCUUUCGCCAACCCCCUUUCGCCGGGCCUACUCGUUGCGUAUGCGCAAUAGCCAGAGCUUCCAUGACUACCAACAUUACCGUGUGUGUGAGUGUGGUAGUGAAAAUAUGCAUCAUCCAACGAAUCUGUCCAGUCCUUCGUCGUCCGGCAUUAAAGUGAAAAAUUUGUACCCCAAUGGGGCCAAGUCGAAUAGUCAUCAUCAUCACCACCAACCGGGCGCCUCAGUGGAGCCAUUCAGCACAGGAGACCGUCAGCCGAGCCGCAAGGAUUCGUCCACCGACGGCAGUACGCUGCUACCAAAUGGUGUAAUCUGUCACGGUAGCAGCUCUGCCACGACACCGUCGGGGCAAAAAUCUUUAUCCGCGCAGUCGACCCGCAAGAAUAGUUUGCAAAAAAAUGAUCGGGGAAUGUCUUUAAAUCUUAUCAACUCUGGUGGUCACAGUGCCAGUUGUAACAGCAGCGCCCAGCGAUCGCCCCGUAGGCCACACACGCCCUGUGAUUCGGUUUCCACUGGGAACAGCUCAAUAUCACACAAGAGCCCGAAAACGCCACCGGUUUCUCCGGAAUCACCCGUGACCAGUUACUUGGAUGACGACCUAGACUCGUUGCACAGCUACAGUAGCUCAAUCGCGAGCGGAAUGUCGUGCGACCAUCCGUAUGUUGCCCGUAACGGAACUACGUUCAGCGGUCGCAAAAUGAAAUACGUAGUACACUGCUCCAGCCAUGCUGGGCAGACAGGGGAGGACUAUCUCACCCCGACCCAGCGGGCUCAACGACAAAUCAGGCGACUAAAAGAGCUGCUCACCCAUGCCCGGAUGGACCUAGAGCAGCGUGAUAGUGAAAUCUUAAGACUUACCAAAGAGGUUGUAGAGCUUCGGCUCUUUAAAGCAUCGCUUAGUUCCCCGGAGGAACGAUCCAAUUCUAGUGAUGCCGUGACGGUACGAGAGAACACAACCAACGAUGCGAAUACCCCUAGUUCGCAGGGUAUAUCACCGAUUGUAGACCAAAUCGAUGAUGGAGUGAAGGCGAGUCCACGGCACCAUUUGCAUAAUCAUGGCAUCCAUCAGGUGCAAUUCAUGGAUAAAAUGUCUACUUCUGAGAUGCAGAGCUCGUUCGCUGAUUCAGGCCACUUUGAAGAUAUUACGACUUCAUCAAUUCACUCGAAGGACUCGUACGUGCACACGCAGGAUCGUGCUUGCGGAAACGACGAGGAUUUGAAUGCCGAAAAGCAACGUUUGGUAGAGAUGUACGAGGCUCGCAUCGAAGAAUUGGUCAAAGAACACCAGGCCGAGGAACAGGACAUUCGCAUGUCUAACAAUGACCGCGUUGAAGCUCUAUUGCAAAAAUUGGCCGAAUCAAACAGUAGAUACUGUGAUUUGGUUCCUGAUUAUGAGCAGGCAAAGGAGCGCAUCCGCGAGUUAGAGAAGCAACUCGAAGAGCUUCAUGCUCAGCUUCAGAAUCAGGAGAACAAAGCCAACAAAAUAUAUUUACAUAUGUACGCCAAAGGUCACGAUGGAGAAACCUUGCAACAUACUGAUCGUGCUAUUGAAAUGGCACGUCAAUCUCCCAGUCGAGUUUCGGUACCGGAAUUGAUGCAGCAGCUUCAAGUGACCCAGGAGGAAUUGGAAAAUAUACGUGAUACAAACUAUCAGCCAGAAAGUGGAACUUCGCACGUUUUACUGAGCGCAAAAGAAGCUAUAUCGCUGUGGCUUUUGGGCGCCCGGAAGACCAUGUACAAGCGGUUGGUAGACGCCCAACAAACAAAGAAUAAAGUCGAUCCGGAAGUCACGUUACAGUUCCUCAAAAGUGCGAUCUACUACUUUCUCACGGACAAAGAGAACUCACAGGGGCAUUUGAACGCAAUCGAGAGUAUUCUCGGAUUCUCCGACACAGAAAAAUCUAACAUCGACAAGGCAAGGGCUUACAAAUAAAGGAAGAAUAAUUUUUCUGAACGAGAUGAUACCGGAAGAAGGAAAAAGAAAUAAACCAACGUUGUUAUCUUCUAUAAGAUUUUAAUGUUCAUGAGUAUAAGAAAAAAAACUUAGGCUGCUAUACUGACUUGCUAAAGUAGGCAAGAACAACAUGGAUAUUCAAAAUAUUAUAAUUAUAUUGUGAUUCUUACUGAUAUACGUUACUUUAUUUCUACUCGAUGAAAUUUCAUUAAGUUCCUUUUAUUUAUUUAGUACAUUCUAAUCUAAAUGAAGUUAACCGAUUUUAACUACUGCGUGCUUCAUCAUUAGCAUAUUUUAAACUUGGUUGAAGGUUACUUUAUUGUACGCUGGGUCCUAUUAUUCAAUUGAUAAUUUUUCCUUGAUAAUAGUAUUAUAGCUAAUCCAUGAGUUGACUUACAAGUCUUUGGAAGUAAUUUCUAAAACUGACAACAGAAACAUUAAAUUAUUGCAAUUAAAUCUAACUACCAACAGUGAUUACCAUAAUACAACAAAAGUUAUAUUUAUACUUUAUUGCUUAUCACAUCUCGAUGGAACACAAACAGAUUCGUCCAUUAGCUAUCAGAAAACGAAACCUCAAAGCAGAUUACUGUAGUGGCAAAACAAUUUUUCAGAAAUACAUACACCCACAUGCUAAGCGCGCUGCUUAUUUUUAUAAUGACAAGGUGAUCUCGAGAAGAGAAUUAAUUUGCAUCAUGUUCUCAACGGGUUCGUAAACUGUAUUUAACAAACAGAAGUAGUAAUGUAUCAUUUCUCAAAUUUGUAAUGUUUUGAUUACGUGAGUUGUGUUGAUAAGAGGAAGACAAGCUAUGAAACUUCAUACUAGCGACAACUAUUUUAAACAAUUCAUUUUCAUUUUAUUUCAGUUUGUUGGCCAGACAGUGAAUAGUGAUUCAGUAAGUUUGGAUGUUACACUGAAACAGUGCCUAAUUUAGGAAAAAUUAAUAAACAUAAUCAUGCGUCUAUUCUGCCUGUAAAACAUUGUUCGAUUCAACGUUUUUGCAAAAUCAAUAGAAAAAAAGAAAAAUAUUCUAACCAAAUAAUCCUGCGAAAUGUCUUACUCAAAAAUUGAAAUCAAGGAAUAUUUCUAGUUACAAAAAAUGGUGAUUCUCAAAUUCAGAUGCGAUAACAGGAAACAUUUAUAUAGAUUCACGAAUUGCGCGCGCUGGUAAAAGUAGGCUAUAACAAUACAUGUAUUCAAAUGUUGUAAGCACUGCACAUACGAAGAUAGGUUAAAGAAAAUUGGGUAAAGAUGAUAAUAAAA